ACGGUGUGGGGUUAUCUCGGCCGUGUUGGAGAAGGAACUGGGGGAUAGGAACGUUGGCUUUGACUCUCUAAAGUCCAGAGACUGAACCGUUACAUGGAGGAGGAAGGGGCGAAGUCCACAUGUUAUUUCUCCGACGCUCUGUUGUUCCGACUUCUCGUCGUAUGCGGACGAGUCCAGCCGGAUGAGUCCGCAUACGACCGAGAGGUCGGAACAGAGCGUUGAAUACCUUUCCACCAAUUCCUUCAACACCAUAGCCGAGAUAACUUCCACUGUGAGUCUUUACUUGUUGUAGAAGUACCAGAGAGUCGGGAGAACCCGGCGGCGCAAUGAAUGAAUAAAGAAAAAAACUUUUAUUUUUAGGUGACAUGGAGAGACGUCAGCGUAACAGGUGUAUCAGUUCACACCGCCACCGUCUGAAUGUUUCUUUAUUAGAACAAGCACAACCACAACACUCCCGGAGCAGUGAGCCCAGUGCAGCCUCCCGAAGCCCCGGCGGAAGGCUUGCCAGAUCGGGCCCGAUUUCCCGCCCCUAGCGCGCUGCAGCUAGGGUUGCCAGAUUGGGCAGCGCGCUGCAGCUAGGAUUGCCAGAUUGAGCGGGAAAUCUGGGCCAAUCUGGCAACCCUGGCGCCGAGACGCUUUAGAAACGGCGUAAAACUAUUAAGCGGCCGUGAGACGGGCGUAGAACGCUGCCGGUGUAAAUCAGUGCACAUUGUUUCCAGUUAGCUAGACUUCUAGCCCAUGUUGAAAUUAGUGACAUUUUAAAACUUUCAUUUCUCAUCAUCAGUUCGGGUAAAGUUCUCCAUUCCUGAAGACAAGACCUUGACAGUGACCGAUGAUGGAGGAACUGAAGUCGAUGCUGAUGUGUUUCCAGAGUUGGUUACAAAGGACGUGUGCUUGGUCAUUCAUGAUUCUGAAGGAGUUGGUGAAGAAUGUUCUGCUGGAGAAGCCUGGUGGUGCAACAGUCCUGAAGGAGUACGAGGACACUGGGAAAAUAUGUGACAGUUCCAGACGGCAGAUGGUGAACAUUUUAGCAGCACACAUGACAGAAAAAGAGGGGAGCAUUUCUAUGAUGCCCAAAGUGGAUCAGGCUUCCUGGCUUGGAGACUCAAGACUAUUCAACGGAAGACCAAAUAUCAUCCCGAGUCAUCUAGUUCCCCUAAGGCUGCUGUUGUGAUGGGAGGUGGUCCAACACUCGUCAGAGACAACAGUCAAGAAGAUCAGCUUCAGGAUGAGCAAUGCAAAGAGGCCAUUUCCUUGAUGACUCAUACCAACGAGCGUGACACCAUCUUCCAGAAGAUGCAAGAAACCUUCCAUUUCCGGCAGGGGCUCAUCCACAAUCCUGAAACCUCGGCAUCAGUCCUGUCCAUGUUCCCAAGACUUUUGGACACAAAAGGAUUGGUUCUUCAAGACUUCAGCCUUCUCUUCGGAGCAGAAACAGCAGCCAGACUUCUGGAAAGGUGGCCCUCAUACAAACCAAAGUUGAUAAAAGAAGCCGCUGCCCUGGUACAGACCCCGUUAUUGCAACGCCUUUUACAAUCUGCCAGAGGGGAACAAGUGGAGUCAUCUGCAGAUUACCACCCAGGUUGGGACAGCGAUAUGUCCACUUUACUCCUCCUGUUACACAUCCUGUCACUUCAGCCAGCUGGGAGGAAAAGGGGUCACAAGAUCAGUGCAAGGGAUGCCAUUGACCACCUGGUCGUUUUUCACAAGUCAUGCCGGAGUCUGGAUGAACAUUUGGAUUCUGAUGAACGUCAACAGCCGUAUCUGCUUGCCUCUGGAACCACCAAACGAGCCAUCAGCGCCUUCUACAUCGCCAUGGAUAAGAAGCUCAUCCCAUGCCAGGGAAACGCAUCUCUUGCAGCAUUCGAUGAACUUUUCAAGGUCCAUUUUGUCUUCAGUUUGAAUUACGAUGAGUCUCUUCGCAGUAUGUACACGUUUAUCCAGACAACGAUCUACAACAUUGAUGUGGGAUCAACCAAAGAGAGUCCGAAACUAAAAGAGUUGCGGGCAAAGUUGCUGCAUGAUGUAUAGGUGUUACAUUUGUAGGACACUACUUGGCUCUAGUGGGGCCUUGGUUCAACACCUUAAACUGUUACAUGGGUUGUAUCCUGGCAAAAAGUUAAAUUUAAUAUGUGCUCAGGAUGGUUGUUGCUUAGAAUUUAGAAGUUACUCUGGUUUCCGCAAACACCUGAAACGUGUACACUGCAACAUUAAUGUGACUGAACCAGGUUUGACAGAUGAACCCCAACCUAGCACAUCUUUAGGUACGCCGGCUCUGCCUCCAGAUGGAUGUGCCCCCUCUGUCCAAACUUCUGACUUAAAUCCUGACUUAAUCAAUGAAAGGGAAUGUUCUUUAGAUUCAAAACAUAUGUGUGCUUCUGUUAUUGCGAAGUUGCAGGGUAGUGGUGUGGCAAAUACUGUUAUUUUGUCAGUUGUAGAAAGUAUGGAGGAAUGUUUAAAUGAUAUCCACACUUCAAUAAAGCGUCAGGUCUUAGAGGUCGUGCCAGAGGGUAACCCGAGCAGAAGUGCAGUAGAGGAAGUGUUAGAAAAUUUGGAGAACCCUUUUGCUGAUCUCAACACCGAUAGCAAAUGGAAAAAAUAUUUUUAUUCCAAAUGGGGAGUUGUACAACCUGUAGAGGUGCAUUUAGGAGUAAGAUACGAUUCUAAGAUAAACAGAAUUUCUGGAAAUUACAAACAGGUACCAGUUAACGACACUUUCAUCUAUGUGCCUUUGUUUAAAACGCUAGAGUUUAUUUUCAAAAACAAAAUUAUAUGCAGCCAUAUUCAAUCUUCUAAAUUCAGUGAUCUAUAUUCUGACUUCUGUGGUGGCUCUUAUUUUAAGAGUAAUCAGCUGUUCUCGUCCUGCCCUCAUGCCCUACAGAUUCAGGUUUAUUAUGACGAUUUUGAAACGGCUAACCCUUUAGGUUCUAAGGCGGGGUUGCAUAAGCUUGGAUGUUUAUAUUUUACACUCCGAAAUCUUCCACCUCAUCUCAAUUCAUCUUUGAUGAAUAUACAUCUAAUAUCUUUGUUCCACUCACAAGAUGCUAAGAAGUACGGCUUAAACAAAAUACUCAAGCCUUUUAUAGAUGAUGUGAAAAAACUUGAGGUUUAUGGGAUGGAAGUGUCUUUCACAAAAGAGCACCUCUAUGGCACAAUAUCACAGAUUACAGGUGAUAAUUUGGGUUUAAAUGGUAUCCUUGGGUAUGUGGAGUCUUUUAGUGCCACCUAUUAUUGUAGGUUUUGUGUUACAGACAAGGCCACAGCUCAGAGUGUAUUUUGUGAACAUGAUCCUAGAGUCAUUUUGCGAUCUAAAGAACUGAAUGAACAGCACUACACACAUCUUGAGAAUACUGGUGAUGGUUCAUGUUAUGGCAUCAAACGCAACAGCAUUCUUAAUGAGUUACGGUAUUUCAGUGUUGUAGAUAAUGUUGUCGUUGAUAUAAUGCAUGACCUCCUUGAAGGUGUGGCACAAUAUGAGGUUAAGCUACUGUUUGACUACCUGGCAAAGAAUUUCCUAUCCAGUGAACACAUAUUAUUGAGAAUUUAUGGUUAUAGCUAUGGAUACUUGGACCGUAAGAACCGGCCAACAAAGAUCAAUAUUCAUGGGAAUGGGCUUGGUCUUAAUGCCAGUCAAACAAUGUGUCUUUUGAGAAAUAUUCCACUCAUCUUUGCCAAUGUUGUUCCAGAAAAUGAUAAUCAUUGGAAUCUACUGUUGCUUCUGCUUGAUAUUGUGUACAUAGUCUUCUCACCUAACAUCUCUGAGGGAAUGACUGUCGACUUGAGGUCUCUUAUUGCCGAACAUCAUACGUUAUUCAAACAAAUUUACCCCACACACAAUCUUAUUCCCAAACAUCAUUUAAUGAUCCAUUAUCCCUCUGUUAUUAGAAAAAUCGGUCCUUUACUUCAUGUCUGGACCAUGAGAUAUGAAGCGAAGCACAGAUUUUUCAAAUCUAGCAUUAAAAACUUUAAAAAUGUGACAAAGCCUUUAGCAUUAAAACAUCAGUUAGCUAUUGCCUAUCAUUGGGAGGCGUUCACGGUUAGAGGUAUUGAAUCAGGACCAGUAAAAACCCAAAUGUUAAGUGAAUUAGAUGAAGGAGAGCUGGUCUGUGUAUAUUUUCAACUCGAUAGGUCCUCUACUGUAUCUUCAUGGGUGAAAUGCGACGGCAUUGACUAUCACAUAGGAUCUGCUGUGUGUGUAGAUGUUGAGGAAGAAAUGCCAUUGUUUGGUAAAAUUGUUUUAAUAAUCCUAAAAAAAGAGGCUAUACAUUUUGUUCUUAUUGAGUUAAAUUCUGUGUAUGUUGAGCAUCUCCAUGCCUUUCAAGUUGAAGAAAUUGACCAUAUGUACAUUGUAAAUCGAGAUGAUUUGCAGCAUCACAAGCCUUUCGACCUGCAGAUGUCCUAUGGCUGUUACGCAUUGUUUUAUAUUGUACCUGACUGCUGCAUUUUGUAAGAUGGCGUUGCUGCUGAAUUUUGUAAGAUGAUGUUUAAUUAAAAAAAGUCUAAUA